AUGCCAAAAACGGUACAAAGAAUCGCAGGAGGUCAAGUCGAAUUGGCCCAAGAAGAGGCCUGUGAGCAGGCAGAUAGCAUGCCCAGAGGAAAUUGGACAGGACCUGGCCAUGAAUGGUGGUUUGAGGAGUGGGCCAAGAGCAUGUCAAGUCUUGAACAAAGACCAAUACAUGCGUGGGAAGUUAGAGAGAUGGUGGAAAACCUAAAAGACGGUGAAUGCUUGAGAAUUGCGGCACCACCAAGGGAACAGGCCGACGAACAGGCCGACGAACAGGCCGACAAGCAGGCAGAUAGCAGGCCCACAGAGAAUUGGACAGGACAUGACUGUGAUUGGUGGUUUGAGGGUUGGCCAGAGAGCUGGUUAGAACCUGAACAAAGUUCUAACCAGCUAUUUGAGGACUGGCCAGAGAGCUGGUUAGAACCUGAACAAAGUUCUAACCAGCUCGAGGGAAGGAAAGAAAUGGGGGUGGCAAAAAACCCAAAAGACAGAGAAGGAAUCAGAACUGAGGCACCACUGAUUCCUUGCAAAGGAAGGAAAAAGCCCCCCCAGCCCCUAGUCACUGAGGAGGGGAUCGCACAAGCCCCUCAGCCCCUGGAAGCUCAGCCCCUGGAGGUGAUUAAAUCAGACCCUGAGCCUCUGGUACAAAAGGUGAUGGUACAUGGAGCUACCCAGACCUCACCAAUGGAGGAAGUGACUGAACACAGUCCUCUGGUACAAAAGGUGAUGGUACAUCGAGCUAACCAGACCUCACCAAUGGAGGAAGUGACUGAACACAGUCCUCUGGUACAAAAGGUGAUGGUACAUCAAGCUAACCAGACCUCACCAAUGGAGGAAGUUAUUGAACAUGGUCCUCUGGUAGAAAAGGUGGUGGUGCAUCGAGCUACCCAGACCUCACCAAUGGAGGAAGUGAUUGAACGCGCUCCUCCACGAAUUUCUGGAGCAACACCCGAGAUGGAGGAGAUCUCUGGAGCAACACCCGAGAUGGAGGAGAUCUCUGAAGCAACACCCGAGAUGGAGGAGAUCUCUGGAGCAACACCCAAGACCACUGAGGAAACACUUGAGAUGAAGGUCUCCUGGUGGAGGAGUGUUAAAAAGGGACUGACUUCUAAACAUCAGCGCCAGUACAAGCAGCCGAUGUCGGAACAGGAGAUGAAAACUCCAACCUCACCCUAA